GCUUGUGCCCACGUAGACCUCGGGAGUUUAGAAACUUCAUGCGCGAGCUUGUCAAAAUCUGUGCCGGAUUUAAUGGGGAAAUGCGCGUUCCCGAACCUGACGUGCUAAUUGGGAAUAGGUAGGGUUAGAUUGUAUUUGUUUCAGCAAAUUUCAAAACAAUACAAUGAUUUUACCUUAUCAUAUUCUGUAUGUACAACAUAAAAAGUAGACGGGGCAGCGAUGGAUUCGUUUUUAUUUACCCUAAAAGAAGACUGCGCCGCGCACAGCGUCCUGGAAUCAGAGAUCUGACGGAGUCGUGCACCAGUAUUUUUUGGAGGACUUAUCAAGCUUGCAAGGGAAAAGCCAUAUCAUGUAUGCUGGACGUAAACGGAGAAAACCAGUCCAGAGAGCGGUGAAGCAGGCCCCCGCUGAAGGAGCCAAAUCCAACCCAUCCAAACGGCAUCGUGAUCGUCUGAAUGGAGAGCUGGAGAGGCUGGCCAGCCUGCUGCCCUUCCCAGAGGAGGUCACCACCAGCCUGGACAAACUGUCCAUUCUCCGCCUCAGUGUCAGCUACCUCCGAGCCAAGAACUUCUUCUCAGUAGCCCUGCAGAACCACACUAGCAACAGGGUGCCAGUCAGUGGAGGAGAUGAAGACAAUGGCAGUGCCCCUGGGCUGACAGACACAUGGCUGUCCGAGGGAGAACUGUUACUGCAGGCUCUGAAUGGUUUUGUCCUGGUGGUCACCGCAGAUGGGACAAUCUUCUACUCCUCUCAUACCAUCCAGGAUUAUCUGGGCUUCCACCAGACGGAUGUCAUGCACCAAAGUGUGUAUGAUCUGGUCCACACUGAGGACCAACAAGAGCUAAGGAGAAACUUGCACUGGGCUCUCAACCCGCCGCCUGCCACUGUUGUCCUGGUGUCCCAGGACUCCACCCCAGACAUUGAGCCUGACAGCAGCGCUGCCAUGGUGACCUAUAAGCCCGAGCAGCUUCCUCCAGAGAACUCCUCCUUCCUGGAGAGAAGCUUCGUCUGUCGUUUCCGCUGCCUCUUGGACAACUCCUCUGGAUUCCUGGCUUUGAACCUCCAGGGCAGGCUGAAGUUUCUCCAUGGCCAGAACCAGAGGCAGGACAACGGGGGCAAGGUGCCUCCCCAGCUGGCCCUGUUCACCAUCGCCACCCCCCUCCAGCCCCCCUCCAUCCUGGAAAUCCGCACCAAGAACAUGAUCUUCAGAACCAAACACAAGCUGGACUUCACCCCCAUGGCGUGCGACGCUAAGGGAAAGAUUGUUCUGGGCUACACAGAGGCAGAACUCAGGGUACGAGGCUCUGGGUACCAGUUCAUCCACGCUGCCGACAUGCUGUACUGUGCUGAGAACCACGUCAGAAUGAUGAAGACGGGGGAGAGCGGUCUCACCGUGUUCCGUUUGCUCACCAAGGACAACCGCUGGAAGUGGGUCCAGGCCAAUGCCAGGCUGGUCUACAAGAACGGCAAACCGGACUACAUCAUCGCCACGCAGAGGCCCCUCGUGGAGGAGGAGGGAGGGGAGCACUUGAGGAAGCGCUCCAUGCACCUCCCCUUCACUUUCGCCACGGGCGAGGCCCUGCUCUACCAGUCCAACCACCCCAUUGCCGGCUCCUCCGACGGCGUUCAGGGCUCUGAAAAGAACGGCGGCAGGUCAAAGAAAGGUCGGACGGACCGGGCGUCGAGGGACGGCCUCGACCCGGGCUCCCUGUUGGGGUCGCUGAUGAGCCAGGAUGAGUCCGUGUAUGUGUGCCAACCCGCCCUGGAGUCCAAGCUAUCCUUCCACAGCAGUCUAUUUGGGGACAGGGGGAGCUUCGCCGACCCAGACCCCUCUGCCAUGCUCCUGGGCUGGGACGAACCCAACAACAGGGUGGUGGAGCCAGGGCUACCGGAGCUGGGCCCCAGCUUCGACCCACUCCUUGCGACCCUAGACUCCCUCUCGCUUGGAGGUCCGGUGGCAGAUGAGGAGAACAGGGAGGGCUGUUCCAACGGGGAACUGUUUGGGGCGCUGGAGGGUCUGGGGCUGAGCGCUGAGGACCUGGAGCUUCUGCUGCUGGACGAGCGGAUGAUUCGGGUGGAGAUGGACCCUGAGCGGCCGCCCAGCCUCGAUGACCUGCUAUCCAAUGAUGAGAUCCUCUCCUACAUCCAUGACUCACUCGAGUCCAAGACGGAACCAAUGGAGGAUGGGGGUUCAGGUUCCUGCUCUGUCAUCCCUCCAGCCACCUCCACUACCACUAUCCCUUCAGCCUCCGAGUCCAGCCCUGCCCCGGCCCCUGGCCUCCACUCUGCCUACCCUCUCCACAGAUCCCCCCUGCUCGGCCCGUCGCCCAUCCUGCAGCUCUCCCAGCAGAUGCAACAGCAUCUGAACAUGAGGCCAGGGAAGGUGGUCCAAGACUGGGACCAGCACAGCAACCUCCUGGCUCACCCCGCUGCCAACGGGCUCCGUGGACAGAACCAGAACCAGACAAUACACACCAAUGGACAGUGGUCCGCCCAGGCUGUUCUAGCCAGCUCUGGGAUUCAGGUGGACCAAUGUCACACACAACAGCAGACUCUGUCUAACAGGAAGCUCGAUGGAGGGCUGCCUCAGCAGCCAAUGCACCAACACUACCUCCAACAACAACAACUGCAUCAGCCCCACAGGCUCCCGAGCCAGCUCCCUCCACGCCAAAUCAGACAGAACGGCGCCAAUCUCAACGGACUAUGUAGCAUCCAGAUCGCGGGUCACCCAGCUGGCAAACAGCAGUGGCAGAACUACAGCUGCAGCCAGCCAGUUGACUACAACACAGGGUCAAGGGUCGAGAGCACACCCAGCAACCCCUGCCUCAGCAACGGCCAUGUCACGGGCCGCACACACGCCGCCAUCAGCACCUGUGCAGAUUACAGCGUGCCGGACAUUUCUGGCAUGGAUUUUACCAUCAACGGUGGAACGUAUGGGGGGAAUGGAGGGCCCCAUCAUUGUGGGGGGGAAGCAGGGGUGGCAACCUACCAAAGGAUUACCCAGAAGCAGCUGCAGCAUGAAGGGCAACCACUGCCCCCUCCCCUGGCACAGGUGCUUUCGAGCCUGGCGCAGGGCCCACCCCCCAAUGCCACGCUAGAGCAGAUUCUGGGAGCGGGGGUGGGGGUGGGACAGCCCUACGCAGAGCUCCCUUCACUGGACAGUUAUGGAAUGGUUUCUGCAGCAAUCCCUAACGACCCCGACCACAACAAGAUGGAAAAUGGCUGCAUUGUUAGCACCACCUUUCCAACUGGCUGUGUUCUACCUAAUGGAAAUCCUGUAGUGCCCUCUAAUGGUCAGCUGUCCUGCCCUGAGACAUUGUCCAGCCUCCCAGACUCCCAGACCACAGGCUUUUAUCUCUGACCCAGAGGAGAGGGAGCAGGACUCAGAUUCAGCCACCCAAGGAGCUGCCUUCUAGUACUCAUACACCGCGUGGGGGGAGAGUCAGGACAAUAUGUUUUUAGUACUCUUUUUGUUGGUUGGAUUGUUUUGUCCUGUGAGUAAUUAUCAUUUGGAGUUCUUUGUUUACAAGAUGCAGUCACAGCUUGAGUCAAGAUUUCUUCCAGAUGAAAACAGAGGAGAAACUAGUUUUACACCGUUUUUUCCCCCAAUAGUUUUGUUUCCUAAUCUUAAAUUAACGAGGAUUCUCAGUAAGGAGGCUUUACCCCAGCAUCAUUAAAUGCCCUAAGAGGCUUUCAUCAUUGCUAUGAUUUGUGACAUGACAGUGUCGUCAUUAGGGUUUUUUAGCCUCACAACAGGAAUGUAAGCAUAAAUCAUACAAACUCCAUGGUCAUGUGAAUUAUAUUUUCUAUCUAAUAAUGAGAUUAGGGGACACAUUCCGGAGGGGAAAAUGUUGAAUCAUACAAAUCUAAUAGGAAGUUUACAGCACUUUAUUCCACCGCCUAGUAAUACCAGUAGUGUAGUAGGGGUUGUUCAUCCUGGUCCAUAAAAACACAACCCAACAACCCGUGUUUCAUGUUUCAUAUUUGAAGGUUCUCUUCUUAUGUGUGUUGGGAUGUCUAUAAGUUAUCAUUUCAUUUGUUUUAUUGGUGAAAGUUCAGGUUAAUGUCAUUCACUGGGACAGACACGUAGGUACAAUUGUCAGUAUUAUUAUUGUUUUCUCACUUGAAUUUUCCUUCAGUUGUUGUUGUUAUUGUCGUUAAUUUUUUACCUUUGGGUGAGUCUUCCAGUACUUAGGGAAACUGUGACAGAUAGCAAACACUUGAUUUGAACUUACCCAUUAUUUAUUCAUAUAGAUUUUUCAUGGCAGACGUACUGUAGGUCAUGGAUGAUAUUGCUGAUUCUGAGGAACAGUGAUGCUUACUGCAAUGGAACCUCCGGAAUCCCACCACACUAUCCACUUUUGUGUUUCAUGUCAGUCAAACAAGCAUUUGAUAGUAUUUUCCACAGUCUCUUACCCAAGUUUGGUAAACAGGACCAGAUUCAAUCUCUGAAUAUAAUUUGUUCCGAAUCUGCAGGUUACCAGGUUCUAAUAAGGUCUAUCAAUAAUUUAACAAUAUAUUUACAAACACUGAAAACCAAAUGUGAGUAUUAAAAAGGUCUCUUCUGGAAGGAUACAGUUUUGAAUGUUUUAUGUAUAAAGUCAGUGAUAGGAAAUAAUACAUAUUAGAAUUAUUUCUUCAUGAAGAUGCUGAAAGAGAUUUUCCCAUAGUUGUUACAUUAAGGGGAUUAUUAUUAAUAUAAUGGUGACAAUCAUUAUUAUGUUUAAGUUGAAACGUGAUACACAAGUGGUUUUAUGUUCUCAGACUCAACUCAGUUUAUUUGUAUUUAAUUUUCUACAAAGAAAAUGUUUGCUAUAUUGAAAAUGAUUGAUGUGACCUAUGAACAUUGUGAUUUUAACAAAUUAUAUAAAAAACAAGAUACAAACUUUGUUUUGAGAAAGACAGGUAUGUAAAUAUAUUAGUUUUUUUGCAUCAGUUCACUUGUUUUAAGCACUAUUUUUAAAACACACUGCUGCUUAUUGAACUAUUGUAUUGAUUCAGUUUUAUUAUACAUUGUAAAUACUUACGAUUAAUGCCACUUAAAAAAACAAGUAGACUCUUCUGCUAUUUUCAAAAUGGUGCCAUAUUACUGAAAUGUGUAAAACUUUACAUUGACUUCAUUUGAAGUAUUUUAGGAAGUCACUUUAACAUUAUUUUAAUUAACAGAACAAGGUGUAGAUAUUUCAAUAAUGGAAAGUGGAUACAUUUUGACCCAUGUCCUGUGACUACUUGUCUAAAAUGUAUUAUUUUGGUCCUUUGAAAUAAAAGGUUACUGCAAUCACGUUAAAA